AUGGCAAAUCAGAAACAAGGCAGUUCAGAUAUGUUCGAGCAGACACCAGCCACCUUUCAACAAGCAAAUGAAUUGAAUCGUAUAAAAAUUGAAGAGACGCAAGAUGUUUCUGUCAUUUGGCUUGACACUCACAUUCACAACAGUAAUCCAGACUAUCAAAAUGCAAUCACACAUCUUCAGCACAUUGUCAAUGAUAUUUAUACAUUCACUGAUAAUGAUGAAUGUAUCGAUUUUAUUCUCACUCUCGCCGACACAGAUGUUUGUUUGAUCACGUCAGGAUCAGUUGGACAACGUCUUGUACCUUGUGUACAUGAUAUUUCAAACAUCGAUUCGAUCUUCAUUUUCUGUGAUGACCAAAAUCGACACGAACAAUGGGCCAAAAACUGGUGCAAAGUGAAGAGUGUUUCCAUUGAUAUUAUACAUAUUUGUGAACAAUUAACGAAAAUCAUUCGUCGAUAUGAACUCAGAGCUAUUCCUAUGAGUUUUGUACCAUCUGGCAAACGAUUAGAUCGGCUAGAGCCAUCAUUUAUGUAUACAAAGAUCAUCAAAGAAAUACUGUUAACAAUUCAAUUUAAGGAUAAACAUAUCAAACAGUUCGUCAAGUAUUGUUGUGAUAAUUUCGUUGAUACUGAAGUCGAGCGAAAGAAAGUGAAACAACUGGAAGACGAAUAUCAUCAGUACACGCCUAUUUGGUGGUAUACAACACAAAGAUUUUUAUACGGUGUGCUGAAUCGUGCAUUACGAGUGAUGGACGGUGAAGUGAUCACAUUGAUGGGCUUUUUCAUCAGUGACCUUCAUCGACAUAUCGAAGAAUUACACAAGCGGCAGUUUGGUGAUGUAUCAGCUACUGCUAAAUGCUUUCCAGUUUACCGUGGUCAAGGUUUAAUGAAGAAAGAUUUUGAUCAAUUGGUGGCAACGAAGGGUGGGCUGAUGUCAUUCAAUAAUUUCCUGUCUACCAGUGAGAAACGCAACGUUUCUCUUAUUUUUACUCCAGGAAAUCGAAAGAACAGUGAUGUGAUCAGUGUUCUAUUUGUGAUCACAAUUGAUCCAAAGCAAUCAACAACGUCAUUUGCCUCGGUUCGUCACAUCAGUCAGUUUCCCGAAGAAGAAGAGGUACUAUUUUCGAUGCACAGUAUCUUUCGCAUAAGAGAUGUUAAGCCCAUGGAUGGGAACGAGAAAGUGUACGAAGUGGCGUUGUCAUUGACGAGUGACAAUGACGAAGAAUUGAUGGUACUUACUGAACGAAUUCGAAAAGAAAGCUUUCCAAAUGCAGAGGGAUGGCCACGACUGAGUCUAGUACUCGCUGCCAUAGCACAGUCAGACAUUGCUGAACGAAUCUGUCGAGUUCUAAUUGAUGAAACGCCUUAUGAAAAUUCCGCAGUCGAUGUCUAUAAUCACCUGGGUAACAUUAAAUACCAGAGAGGGCAAUAUGAGGAGGCAAUAACACUUUUUCGAAAAUCUCUCAAACUUCGCUUGACGUCAUCUUCUCCGAAUCAUCCAGAUGUGGCUGGAUUCUACAACAACACCGGUAAUGCGUAUUACAACAUGGGUGAUUAUCCCAAGGCACUUUCAUCAUAUGAACAAGCUCUCAAAAUACGAGAACAGUCACUUCCUCCCAAUCAUCCAGAUAUGGCUUCAUCCUACAACAACAUCGGUAAUGCGUAUUCUGACAUGGGUGAUUAUACCAAGGCACUUUCAUCACAUCAAAAAGCUCUCAAAAUACGAGAACAAUCACUUCCUCCCAGCCAGUGGCUAAAAUUUCAAUGGGCAAGGUUCCUCAAUACGAAAUUACAAUGGGCAAACCUCAAAUUUAAAUGGGCAAUCGCCCAUUUGCCACCCCCUGGUUACGCCACUGCUCCCAGCCAUCCAGAUGUGGCUUCAUCCUACAACAACAUCGGUAACGCCUAUCGCAACAUGGGUGAUUAUCCCAAGGCACUUUCAUCAUAUGAACAAGCUCUCAAAAUACGAGAACAAUCACUUCCUCCCAAUCAUCCUCAUGUGGCUGGAUCCUACAACAACAUCGGUGCAGCGUAUUCUGCCAUGGGUGAUUAUCCCAAGGCACUUUCAUCACAUCAACAAGCUCUCAAAAUACGACAACAAUUACUUCCUCCCAAUCAUCCUCAUGUGGCUUCAUGCUACAACAACAUCGGCAAUGCGUAUUCUGACAUGGGUGAUUAUCCCAAGGCACUUUCAUCACAUAAACAAGCUCUCAAAAUUCAACUACAAUCACUUCCUCCCAAUCAUCCAGAUGUGGCUGUAUCCUACAACAACAUCGGUAAUGCGUAUUCUGCCAUGGGUGAUUAUCCCAAGGCACUUUCAUCACAUGAACAAACUCUUAAAAUACGAGAACAGUCACUUCCUCCCAAUCAUCCAGAUGUGGCUGGAUCCUACAACAACAUCGGCAAUGCGUAUUUUCACAUUGGUGAUCAAAGGACUGCUGUAUUGUUUUACACAAAUGCGGUUCAAAUCGCUCAAAAAGUGUUACCAUCGACGCAUCAUCACCUUCAAAUGUUCAAAAGAAACUUGGAAAGAGUGAAACAGAAACUAUAA